GGUCCCAGAGAAGUGGGCUCACUUUGCACUCGGGCUCUGAGCGACCCUCGGUGACCAAGCAGCGUGGCUUAUUUUAGAGCUGGACGUUCAACAAAAGGCAGAAACUUCUCGGGAGGCAAAUCGGUGGCAAUCACGAACUUCAUCCUUGCAGGCUGAACGGAAAGUUUUUUUCCCCCAUAACUUCGCUCCAUAGCCGAUCUCACGCCAACGCGCGCGCGCGCACACUCACGCACACACACACACACACACACACGUGUCGAUCAAGGUCAACCGUGGCUGCUGGGAAGCUGUCAAUACGCUACGGAUCGGUUCUACCGCAGGACGGACUGCAUGUUUUUGGGGUGAAUUUGAAAUUUGGACCCUAUGGCUGACUGACCUCACGGACGCAGGCUUCAGCUGGAGAGAAUGGAUGUUACUCUUUUGUCAGUGAACAGUAAGCGAGGUGACACCAUGUUGGGCAACCCUGGGAUUUAUGCUGUCAAGAAGCGGAAGAAGCCCAUUCAAAAACCUAAGAACCUUCCGGGCAUCGACGGAGUUACCAAGUCAAACCCUUCCAAGCGCCACAGGGAUCGGCUGAAUGGGGAGCUGGACCGGCUCACAGACCUCUUGCCCUUUUCAGAGGACGUUCGUUCCCGUCUGGACAAACUCUCCGUGCUCCGCCUCAGCGUGGGAUACCUGAGGGUCAAGAACUUCUUCAGAGGCGCUACAGGAAAAUCCCAGGAUGUGGCCUCUCCCCAGCCUGUCCGUCCGCUCGAGUCACGCAAGCUCUUCAGGGGGAAGGGGCCCCCGAACAAUCCUCGCCCCCGCCCCCACCUCCCCUGCCGCUUCUUGUCUGAUUUGGUGCACCAAAGUGUGUUUGAGCUCAUCCACACAGAUGACAGGGGCCUGUUCAGACAACAGCUUCACUUUGCCCUCAACCCACAAACCUAUGGCACAGAGCAAGAUGGAGACGUCUUGCAAAGUGGCAGCGAUACGUUGAGCUAUGAUCCUGAGCAGCUCCCCCCAGAGAACUCCUCCUUCUUGGAGAGGAGAUUUGUGUGUCGCUUCCGGUGUCUUCUGGACAACUCCUCUGGUUUCCUGGCCCUGAAGUUUCAGGGGAGACUGAAGUACCUCCAUGGCCAGAACUUCUUGGGCGAUAACGGGGUGCAUCCCCUGCCCCAGCUGGCUCUGUUCAGCAUCGCCACACCCAUUCAGCCACCGUCCAUCUUGGAGAUCAGGACCAAAACUGUAUUCUUUCAAACCAGGCACAAGCUGGAUUUCACUCCCACUGGCAUCGACAACAGGGGGACGGUUGUUCUCGGCUAUUCUGAAAUGGAGCUGUGUAUGAGAGGCUCUGGCUACCAGUUUAUCCAUGCUGCUGAUAUGAUGUACUGUGCAGACAACCACAUCCACAUGAUUAAAACUGGAGAGAGUAGGCUGAUAGUUUUCAGACUCCUGACUAAGUCAGGGGGCUGGAUGUGGGUGCAGGCCAAUGCCAAGCUGGUCUACAAAGCAGGAAGACCAGACUUCAUAAUCGUACGUCAGAGGGUUUUAGAUAACACUGAAGGCGAGGAGCAUCUUCGCCAGAGAAGAUUGCAGCUCCCCUUCAGUUUCACCACAGGAGAAGCUCUGCUCUACGAGACAGGCCCCACUCUGGAUGUCAACCAGCUUAAGGCCAGUAUGGCAUUUGGCAACAAGGACAAGAGUGAUGUUCCCCCCAGCUCUUUGCUGGGCUGUUUCCUAAAUCAGGAUGAAGCAAGCUACACCCAGACCGUGGAAACCUCAGUUCCCAUUGAUCAGGUUUUUAUGGAUACCCAAGCUCUGGUCAGUGUGCCGGGUGAUCCAUGGAAGGGUUUGGGGUCUAUGGCCAACGAUGUAAUGGUGAAGGAAGAGGGGGAUCAGUCUGUGACAGGUAUAAUGGAUGCCUUAGAAAAGCUAGUCCACGAUGGGGAUUUGUGUACAGCAUUGCAGAGUCUGGAGGUAGACACUGCGGAGUUGAUGGACUGGGAAAACACUUUGCAAAAACUAAAUCAGGAUGAUGGCAGCAACAAUUUUAAGCCAGAGCUUGACAGCGUCCUCACUAAUGAGUUAUUUGCCUACAUGGAUAAAGUUUUGUUCAACGAAAGUGGUGAACUUAAUUUAGACGCCAACCAGCCCAGCUGCCUUGCUAACAAUAACAAAGAGGAGCCCUUCAGUCAGGUGCCCCAGCCCAAUGCCACAGGGUUAUGUGAGCCGCAACUGUUUCAGAGACCAAGUGCCAACCAUGCUGACUCUUCCAUGAAUGGUCUUUGUGGCCCGACACAGAAUAAAAACAAUGGACCAGUCACCAUGAAAGGGAAAGCUUUGACUGAGGCUAGUCAGAAAUUUAACAGCACUCAGAAACUGUCCCAUUAUGGUCCCCUGAUCCCUCAGACUGACACCAGUGUCCCCUCCCUUCAGCAGAUGCAGUUUAACCAUGUUUUCAGCCCAUCGAUAGAGCUCCCAGAGCUCACUCUCUCGACAAGCUCAGCCAGUGGUGACUCAGUCCCAUUUGAAUCUUGUUUGCAGGCACCUAUCAGCCACACAAGCAGCCAUCAAGGAAUUCCCUGGCAGAUGCAGAAUAACCAGCCCCCUCAGCACUCUCCUAAUAAUGGCAUACAAGUUGAUCCAAUGGCACUAAAAAGACAACUUCUGCAGGGAUCUUUUCAGCAACCAAGCAAUGUUGUGCUCGGUGUUGUGGACUCUUUGCCAUCCCUCAUUCCUUGCAAAGACUUUUCCUCCCCCAGUCAAAGUAGCACAAACAGUGUUUCCAAUCCCUUUCCCAAUGCCUGCCUUCAAAAAGGCACCCCAUUUCAAACGCAAAAUAACCACAGGGUGCAGCCGUGGACGCAGAGCCAACAGCAGAAGCUGCCUUGUGCUGGCAUCAUGCAGAACGGGCACCAUAAUCUGGUGGCAGACUGCCACAGCCAACCCUCAGACAGCCAAAGACUUUCUCUGGCUGGCCUUUGGCCACAGAGUAUCACCGAACUGAACCACACCCCACAGGGAGAACUGGCAGAUGGCCAGCAGGCACUUCGCCCCAGCUGCAUGUUUGAAAAGCACUUGCUCCCCCUAUCUGACAGCAGGCGGGUGGAGGGUGCUGGGUUUACCCCCUCUGUGCCUUUAUGCCAGAGGGGUAGUGACAGUCCUCUAGACCAGAGCCCUCCGCAGGGUACCUGCUUUUUCCAGUGGGGCCGGAGUGACCCCGUGGUGGGCACAUCAGCCAUUGUCCAGGAGAACGUCAGCAUCAGUCCCCCGUCCCAGCCCCACAUGCCCAACAUGUCUACCGCAGAGGACAUCCUUUCUGUACAGCGCUACUUGGAGUGCAACACGCAGACACAGGUCUCAACCCUCCCUGCUGAAAGUAAUGGACUGUUUCCCAUGCCUCCUCUUAUUGAUAGAAAUAUUUUCUAUUCCCAGUAACCCAAACCAGUUGUUUUAACGUCUAAAGAAGCAACGGAUCCUUUUUUCCAUGAGAGGCAGUAUCAGUGGGCAGGAGAUGGACGAAACACUCACUUGUCAGUGCUUAUCCAUAGACUUUUAUCCUGAUGCUAAGAUGCAGUUUUACAUUGCCUUAUAUAAUUAUAUCUAAUAUGUGUUUUAUAAAGCAGUAGCCUGUCUGUGUUGAGUGAUAUGAAGUACAAGUGCAUUUAACAGGACAUAGCUUGAACCAUGUUGGCAAACGUCAUCAAAAAUUACCAAAGGGACAAAUCGUUGAUCAGACAACCCAGAAAUGUCCAUUUUCUAAUGGAAGCUGGCAUUAGAAUGAAACUCACCAUUGGGUAUUACUAAAAUUAUUAACUCUCUUAAGACCUGGUGUGACUUAUAAAUCACUGUCAUUUGUACAGAUUAAUUCAUCUGUAUUCUUUAAAAUGCGGAUAUUUUUAUGAGUAAUUCAAAUUUUGUUUCAUUUUAUGUUUUUUUUACAAAGCAGAUAUAUAAAAACAAAAUUACCCCUUAUAUUGGAUUUAUAACAUUGUAUACAUAUAAAUUGUAAAUCUGUGUUAGUGUUAUUUGUAUUUGUCAGUAUCUGCAACAUUAUAAAUGCCUCUUGUGUGUGUAGUUUUAAAGAGCAGCUUUGCAUUGCUCCACAGCAAUGUACAUGGCUAUGUUGUGCUUCAUACAAAGUAUUGUGCAAAACAAAGGAUAUGUUUCAGGAAGAAGACAACUUGUUUCACCAUGAGGCCUACUUUGGCUGCAAUAAUUGUAUCUUCAAACAUGUAAAAGAUGUGUUUCCAUGUAAGUCCUACGCUGCAUUGCAGUGUAUAUAUAUUAUAUGGAAAUUGUUUCAGGAUAGUAAUUAGGGAUGCACUGAAAAUGACACUAGCAGCUGACCUCUGACCAAUAUCAGACUGAAGAAAAGAUAUUGUAUGUAUUGGAAGACUCUUCCAAUACUAACAUCUGAGACCAAGUGUUAGCACAGCAGAAAUCAGAGCAAAGUGGCCUUAAUUUACCUCUUUAAGUAACAGAAGCACAACAGAUGCCAUUCGAGAAAAAAUGGGUAUGCUGUCAAUCGAAUGCAUUUGUCUAAUGACUCCAUUUUAAUAGUAAAAGUCUUCGUUUUUCAGCAAAAGUAAUGUAUCCCAUUGGUGGAUGUCAUCAACCAAGGAUUCAGUAUUGGUUCUGUAUAAUCAUAUUUAUACUGUUUUCCUACAAUGCUUCCUGUUUCUAAAUAUAUUUGUUAUCAUACAGUAUCAUUUUCCUAUGGAUCUUUAUCGAGUUUAUCUUAUCUUAUUACAAUACCCGCAAUGAGCCAUAUUAAAACUGAUGACCAAACACAUUUGCUUAUGCUUUUAUUGCUUUGAAAAUAGCUGAAAAGUAAAAGGCUGCAAGCUGCCUGCAGUCCAUCUGACAUGAGAGGAAUGUAGACGAGGUAAUAAAGUGGCCUUAACACAAUCUUAAAGAUCCAGUCCAGUGAUUUUAAUUCAAUCAGACAAAUUUUAUUGUGGAAUGAUAAUGUAAGAAAUGUCAUGUUUUUAGCUUCACAAGUAUCAUUUGAUUUUGUUACAGCUGUUGAAUGGCCCCUUAAUGAACACAGCUGACCCUGAGUUCACAAAACUGUUGGCUAGCUUUGUUAGCUAGCUUGGUUAGCUAGCUUGCUGGCUAAUUUAGAUGAUCUUGCCAGGCAGCUAUUUUAAAACAGAAUGACUAACACUGAUGAUCACACUUCAUUGACUGUCCGGUCAAAUCAGGAUAUUAGAUAAUAUAAUUUAUUACCUGAAGCAGAUUGGUUUUCUGAAACUGUGUCAUGAUGAUGACAACCAGGAUGAUAGUUUCUGAAGGGCCCCCCCUGCCCCCCCACCCACACAACAACAGGAUGCAGUUCUAACAUUUUAAGUAACUUUAAAGUAACAAAUCGUCUAUUGGAAAAUACAGCAAGAUUGGAAAAUGCGAUUUUCAUUGGACUGGGUCUUUCAAUAAUAACUGUGAAGAUAAAUCAUUUGCUUAGAGCACCUUGUAGGUUCCUGUCAUUGACAUGAUUUAGUAGGUCUCUCCAACAGAGCUUCUCUCUGUUGUUUCUCUCAGAGGGCCUGGAGGGGAGAUCGAUAUGGCCUCCUUUCCCUUGACCUAUUUGCUUAUGUGGUUGACUAUGGGGAAGGACAAGGAAGGUGACAGUUGAAGUCUCUCUCCUUGAGAGGAUCAUAGUGCCUACGCGAAGCUAAUCAUGUUGUUUUAGGUCAACGUUAUGAGGUUCUGUUUUCCAAGCACAUAAAAUAAGGCCUUGAUACUACAUUUGUUAUUGACUUUGUUAUUACUGUGCCUUUCUAUACAUCUAGCUAAUUUCAUUUUAAUACUUCCAUUUCUGCUAUGACUUCCCUAUUUUUUCAUUUUUUCCCCCCCCUCAGUGGUGAUUUCCGCUGCCAUGUAGUCCACAUGUACCAAGCCAAGUGUAGAUAACACAUCGACGUAAUAUUGAAAAUAACUGCUCUUUUUCCAAUUGUUCAAUUCUUUUUCAUAUUAAAUGUA